AUGCCGUCGGCUCCUCCCCCUCUCGAGCAUUCACCUCGCGGCCCUUGGAAUCAGCUCCACCAGGCCGCCCAAGAUGGCCUGGUGGAGCUCGCGCUGGCUCUUCUCUCCAGCGGGUGGAUUGACAUCGACCAAGGCACCCAGGGCGGCUGGACUCCUCUCAUGUACGCCACCAUCGAGGGCUGCUUGCUCGUUGUUAGGAUUCUCCUGGACAAUGGAGCCAAGACCAACCUAGUUGCGGACGGCGGCGUCGAUGCCUUGUCCACGGCCGCCAUGGGCGGACACCUGGGCGUGGUCAAGGCGCUACUCGCGGCUGGCGCCAACCUCGAAGGCGCCAACACCAGUUUAAGCACCACGGCGCUCCACGUGGCUGUAGCCCAUGGGCACACGGAAGUGGUGAACGAGCUAAUCGAGGCAGGCGCGAACCCCAAUACCCGCCGCCCAAGGGACGGAGGGACGGCACUGGCCCUGGGCGUCGUCGGGAGGAUACGUGGGCAUUGUCAAGCUUCUCCUACGUGCGAAAGCGGACCCGUCAUUGGCUAG